GAGAAAGCAGCGCUCCCGUCUGGCGAGCUGCUGGAAUCCAGACCGGGUUUUGCCUGCUACUCUCCGUAUAGUAGCCGAGGGCAGUGUCAGUCCCUUUUUUCCUUGUUGUGUUUCUGUUACACAUCGCCAUCUUGUUACAAAGCCUUUUCCUUGUCUGGAAGGUUCGCAGGGGCUCGGGGUGAUCGCCUGGGCCGGUUCUGGCUUUUUAUCAUUUUCUGUUUCUCUUCUCCCCCCCCCCGUCUCCCUUUCGCAAAAGGCAAAAAGAAAACCCUGCAACGGGGCUUGGAAGCGUGGAGGGUUUUUUUAUUCUGACCCUUUCCCUUUUUUAUUUUCCGGGGGUUUCAAGUCUUCCCGAGGCUUUGGAUCCUCCGCUGAAACGCAGCCCCGAGAAAUGAGCAUUGAGACGUUGUUAGAAGCGGCCAGGUACUUGGAAUGGCAAGCGCAGCAACAACAGAAAACACGUGAGGAAAACGAAAAGCAUGAGAAGCUCCGCUUGGAACGAGAGCAGGAGCAGAAGAAGGGCAGCGUGCAAAGGGUUAACCAUGUCUCUCGCCCUGAGGAGCCUCGCAGCGACCCGGUGGCAGUGGUGCCCUUGCCUCCGCCUGCCCCAGCUCCUCCCCCUCCUCCGCCCCCACCGCUUGCGGCACCCAUUUCCGUCAUCCCCAUCCCCAUGGUCGCCAGCCCUGCUCCGCUGGCAGCCCACAGCGCCUUGUCUCCGCCCCUCAUCCACCGCCACCAGCCCCUCGUCAGCCCUCCAGGCCUGGGCAAGGACCCCCCCCUGGUGGCGCCCGUGAUCCAGAAGACCGGCCCGCUCCUUCCGGACAUCAAGGCCCCCACGCCGCCUUCUGGGAGCCCGAAGCAGCUGCCCCACUACGCCGCGCCCGUCUUGGCCAUCUCCCAGCACCACAUGGUCCAGCAGGCCAUCCAGCCCCAGCCUCCGGCCCAUCAGCCUCUGCAGCCGCACCAGCCGCACCCUCCACCUCUCGGCAUCAAGCUGGCGCCGUCGGAGGACAUCAAGCCCAGCGAGCAGAAGAAGAGACCUGGCGGGGUUGGCACCAGGGAAGUCCAUAAUAAAUUGGAGAAGAACAGACGUGCCCAUUUGAAAGAAUGCUUUGAAACCCUGAAGCGGAACAUCCCCAACGUCGACGACAAGAAAACCUCAAACCUCAGCGUCCUCAGGAGUGCCUUGAGAUAUAUCCAGACUUUAAAGCGCAAGGAGAAAGAGUACGAGCAUGAAAUGGAGAGGCUGGCGAGGGAGAAGAUUGCCACGCAGCAACGGCUGGCAGAUCUGAAGAAUGAACUGAGCCAGUGGAUGGAUAUCUUGGAAAUUGACCGGAUUAUCAGACAGACGGUUCAGCCAGAGGACGAUCAAGCGUCUACCUCGACUGCCUCAGAGGGUGAAGACAACAUGGACGAGGAUAUGGAAGACAACCGGCCGGUGAAUUCGUUGCCGAAGCUCUCCCAACGCCAGCACCCCGAGCUCUUGAAAGCGGUCCCUCCCAUCACUGCCGCCCACCACCCCUCUGUUUUGCCUCUCACGCAGAAACAUGCCCUGCCCCACGCACAGGCCCCCCUGCAGCCCCAGGCGCUGGUCCAGCCCCAGGCGAUUGUUCCCGCGCAGACUCACCUGGUGGCGGCCUCCACUGUGCAAUCGACUGUUAUCGCGCACACGGCGACCACCCAUGCCUCCGUGAUUCAGACUGUCAACCACGUCCUUCAGGGGCCGCCCCCGGCCAAGCACAUCACCCACAUCGCCCCCUCCACCUCCAGCCCGGUCCAGCUGACGACCGCCGCGCAGCCUAUUGGCCACAUCACCGUCCACCCGGCCGCCCUCAACCACGUCACCCAACUGGGGCAGCAGCUCCCCAUUUACCCGCAGCCUGUAGCUGUCAGCCAGCCCGUGGUCAGCCACAUCGCUCGCACCAUUUCUCACCAGCAAGUGAACGGGACGGCCGGCCUAGGCCAGCCGGCGGUCAUGGCCAAGCCCCCCGUCGGGACUCAGGUGGUCCACCACCCGCAGCUGGUCGGGCAGACGGUCUUGAACCCCGUCACCAUGGUUACCAUGCCUUCGUUUCCAGUGAGCACCUUAAAGCUGGCUUGAGAACCGCCGUGAAAUUGGCUGGCCAAAACUCCGUACAUUCCAGACGCGUCCCUGUUCUCACGUUGAGGGGGAGAGAAAGAGGGUCUGCUAAGAGAAUUGGGCAACAGGUUGGGGGGAGGGAGACGGGGAAAUACAACAAAAGACACCCAGACCCCGGUUCUUUUCUUCUUCCUUUCAGCCCCCUUUUCCUUUUUUCUGUUUUAUCUUAAGCAACCUGGUAAUUGAAAAAAAUCAGGCCCUGCUGCUGCACUUGAAUCUCCCUAAUCAGAGAAAACUUUUAAUGAUCUGUCCUUCAUAGUGAUUAUUAAUUUCUCCCCCCACUUUUCCCAUGUAAUCAAUGAAAUAUGACUAUAAUAACGUCCUUAAGAUUUAUUAAUUUUUCCUUCCCCAUCGCCCCCCCUUUUUCGGAUGUGUUGCUUCUUUGUAGGUUUUUUUUAAAGGCUGAUCUCUUUAUGGAGACUUUGCAUAGAUUAAGAAGAAGAAAGAGAAAUCAUAGAUAUAUAUAUAUAUAUAUUAUAUUUAUAUAUAUAUCUACCUGCCUAUAGCUACAUAUAUAUAUAAAUAUUGUUAUCAGUGAUGGCCAUCAAGAGGCCGAUUCUUUUUUGCAGGAAUAUUAGACACGACGUUAACAAAAAUUCUUUUCCUUUUGGAGACAGAAGACAGAGUAUCCUUUUUAACAUAAGCAUCUUUCAAAGACAGAUGGUUUGGUGGACCAGGGUAAAACCAUAUUUAAAAACAAAACAUGUUAUGGUAUAUUUUUCCCCCCUUUUGGUAUAUUUGCAUUUCAGUCAACCAUCAAUAAUCACUGUGACUUGUUACUGGCAUUUUAAGGAAACCCUCUGUCUAAUAAAAAGGAAAAAAAAACUACACACAACUGGAUUUUUGUUG